AUGGUCACGGACAACGAACAGGUCAUGGAGGUAGAACAAGCCAAUGGAAACACUUUAUCUGGGUCUAUUCAGGCUGAACAGACCAGAAACACCUUGUUGAUUCGUUCGGUUCCUACAGCAGCGACAGAAGAAGAAAUAAAGGCCCAUUUCACAGAGGCGUACCCGACCUGCGAAGUUACCGCUGUCACCCUGGGCUUCGACGUGACCAAGCUCUCGAAUCUUGAUGAGGAAAGGAUUGAAGCAGAAGAAAACCUGUUACAAAAGAUGAGGGAGCAGCUGGAAAAGGAACCACCAACCCCCCUGGGGAUGGCCUUUGUGACCUUUAAGACCAAUGCCAUGGCCACAUUAGUUCGAAAAGACAUCAACGCUCUCAAGUGUAAUAAGUCAAUCUUCUGCUGUGGAAGGAGGCCCAAGUCUUCAUCCAAAAGCGAAGAUCUGAAAGUGAAGAAGUGGAGGUCCGAAAUCGCAUCUUUGGCCAGAUCCAUCCACUGGAAGAAUCUGCCAGUGAAGGGUUUCAAAUGGAUGGGGCGAUUUCUUCUAGUCAACUUGGCCGUCUUGGCUGGGGUCACCUUACUCACAACUCCUGCCAUGAUGGUGAACCCCUUUCACAUGUUCACUGGGACAGCACCCAUCACUGAUAUCCUGAGCCCCAUUGUCAGGCAGUUUGGCCCGAGUCUACUGCUGUGGAAGUUUUCUACAUUGCUUUCUGCCAUAGUUUACUAUUCUACAAAUUUUGAAUCACACUGGAGCAGGUCCAGUGAGCAGCUGAGCACGAUGCGGAAACUCUACUUCUUCCUGAUCCUCCUGGUGCUCAUCCUCCCCUCACUAGGACUCACCAGGUGUUUGUUUAUGCCGGACCAAGGAGUGUUUGCUGUCAACUAUGUGAUCACCGCGGCCUUCAUGGGCUCUAUGAUGGAUUUGCUGCUGUUUUCUCAGUUACUGCGUUAUAUCUUUCGUUGGGUAAUGCCACGCUCUGCAGCUGUAGGAAAAUAUCUCAAACAGAACCAGGCCAACAAAUUUGAAUAUGGACCCAUGUAUAGCUGGACCCUCUUCACAUUCACCGUUGUUAUGGCUAACAGCCUCAUUUGUCCCAUCAUUGCGCCUUUUGGUCUACUGUGGAUGCUGUUGAGGUACUUUGUGAACAAAUACAACCUGUACUUUGUCUACUGUCCCGACCCCAUUGAUAUCCGAGUCCACAUGGAAGCUAUCGAUAUGUUAAUGGCAGCGCCCAUCACCUGCCUAUUGUGGCUUUACCUCACCUUCCUCUUCACAGCAGGUUUCUGGAGCGCCAUAGCUUUGUCAACCAUGUUGUUAGCGUUGAUCACUUUCCUCGCCUGCAACUUACACAAGUUCUUUGGCUGUUUGAAAUACAUCAGGCCAAAGAAAUAUAAGGUGACAGAAGAGGCAGCUGAGAAAGACACUGAGGUCUACCUUCCCAGAGUGCUUACCAUGAUGCGGGAGACCAUCGGAACAGGUCCAGUCGCGGAAUGCAUGUCAACUGAUUCAGUGGUGGUCAUGAGGCAUGAGACAUGUGAAGCUGCAGACAACGGUCCAGUGGCAGAGUCCUGCACGGGUCCAGUUUAG